AUGAUGACAUCUCGAAAGCAGCCGCCUCCGGUGCCGGCUGAAGCUCCUGCUCGUCCAAGAGGACCCAUCCCGUUGGAACAGUUUUCGGCUCUGCCUGGUCCCUACGAUGUCAAGCACCACUACAACCGCAUGAUCAACCAGGAGUUCAGAAACUUGCAGCUCGACCUGUCGUUGCAAUCGAAGUCCCUUUUCGACUUGAUCGACUACUGUGAGCUCUUGUACGAGAAGUCGUCGCAGGCACUCAAGCACGAGACCACCCGCUCGGGGGCCAGUGCCUCGUCUCAUGACGAUGCGGUGUCGUACUACAUCAAGGGGUACUUGAUUUUCAACUACUUCAUCAACAGCUUCAUAAUGCUCCACUUCAAGGGCUUCGACGCUUUCAUCGAAGCCAACGAGCAGGACUUCAUCAUCUACUUGAACGUGUUUGCAUUCUACAACACCGAGGACUACGUGACUCUGCCACACUCCAUUCCGUUGAAGACUCUCAGGCAGUACGUGUUGGGGUACCUCGUAGAGAAGAACCUCUUGUCAUUCAACGUGGAGGAGCUCUACGCCUGGCUCCACCAGUACAUCGACUACUUGAAGCAGAAGGACUUGUCGUACGACCAACACCAACACCCAGACUCCUUGCCCAAAUCGAACAAGAGCUACAACCUCAACGAUUUGAGCCACGAUGACGACCUGGUCUUGGACUUCAAAAUGAGGUAUCCCUCGGUCAACGCCCCGGCCGAAACUGACACUGAAAGCGAGCAAGAGAGCUACUACGUGUUGCCAAACAGACUGGACUCCUCGUUGACAGAACAGCCUCGGGUGCUCCCACCUCCUCCUGCAUCACCACCUCCGCCUCCAGAGCAUUACACACCCUUGCCUCGUUUAUUAAAGCCAAAUGGACCUCCUCCCGUCCCUGCAAAUUCUCCACCAAAAGUCCCUCCGCCUAAAGCGGUGCCUCGAGCAUCUACCAUGGCUCCCUAUCCCAUAGAGAAUCAGAUUCUUCCUAUUGUGGACGCCACAGAAAGAAGCAAGACCCAGGACGACCUAUAUUUCAACAACAGAUCCUCCUCGUUCCAGACCCCCAAUCAACAGAAGAAUAGAUGGUCAAUGCACGAAGCCACAGCAUUUUCUCACCUCCAGCCAGGUAAUCAAUCAACAGGCCAGUUUAGCAAUUUUAAUCAGAACGGAUACAACGAUUUCGACACAACUCCAAAGAGAGUUAAUGAACACCUCUCCCACGGAAGAAAUGAUAACAGCAUGGCCAUUGCACCUGGGCCUGGUAGAUACAACCGUCCAAGUCAAGCGCUUCCUAUUUACAAAGGACCGGCCGUGGCGUUGCCAACCAAUGUCCAUGCGCAUUCCCACAAUAGAGAUCAAUAUAGAAACGGAUAUGCCCAAGCCAAUGGCUUCACUAAUGCCCCCCAGCCUGGAACUUCACUAUAUGGCCCCUACAACGGACAGGGCCCCUCGCAUCCCUCAAUUAUUCCGCAUCACGUUCAAGUCCAACAGAACCAAAUCAAGAACCACAAACUUAAUUACAUGAAGGACUACGCUGUGUGCGGGCUCAAGAAUUUUGGAUCGUCAUGUUACAUCAAUCUGACCAUCCAGUUAUUGUUUGGAAUUCAUCAGUUGAGGGACUUGUUUAGUCAUCUGGAGUAUCACAAAUACAUCAAGGAUCCAAAGUUCAUAAAGCUUAUGAAGCAGCUGAAAGAGCAGUCUCACUCUAAGGACGAAUCGUUACUUUCAGAGUCGAUCUCGGGACUAUUGAGGACAUUCAAGUUACAUGGCUCAUCUUCUAUUGCUCCAACAAGAUUUACCAGAAUUGCAUCUGUAUUGAAACCAAAUUUUAAUAUUCCUUACGAACAACAAGAUGCCCAAGAAUUUUUGAUUUUUGUUCUAGAAAGGCUUCACGAAGAGCUUUCUAAUAAACCUUCAUCAGAACAUUUCGGCGAGCAAGAAUUCGAAAAGUACAUCAGAAAAUGGGAUAUUAAUAUUCUGUUGAAUGAGAAGAAAGAUUACACGAAAUGGUAUCAAUCCUUAUUACAAACGGAAGGUAUUUCACCGGUUAACGACUUAUUUCAGGGCCAUAUUCAGAAUAAAUUGGUUUGUAAUAAGUGUAAUUAUGAGUCUGUUAACUAUUCUUCUUUUACUAUUUUGUCACUUCCGAUUCCAAGUUCAAAUGGUCGCAAUAGUGUUAUUGAUUUGUCCGAUUGUUUACGCUACUAUACUCAGGACGAGGUCUUAAGCGGGGAUAAUGCUUGGAACUGUCCAAAAUGUAAUGAAAAAGAUGGAUCUGGACAUGCCCUUGAUAACCAUCCGGUGUUCACACCAAAGAGAUCAGGGAUUUUUAAGUUGGGAAGAAGAAGCAAGUCACCUCCGAAGACGAAGAAUGCGGUUGUGAAGACAUCACAAAACUCCCAAAUUUCAACAAAGAAAUUAAAUUUCAUUAAAUUGCCUCGAGUAUUGUUCAUUCACUUGUCCCGAUUCUCGAUGUUCAACUUGACUGACAAACUAGAUGUCAGCAUUAAGUACCCCUUAAUCUUAAAAUUCAAAGAUCAUCACAACCAUGAAAUUGGCUAUAAGUUGUCGGGAUUGAUUAAUCAUUAUGGUAACUUGAAGAGUGGUCAUUACACUGCGUUGGUCAACAAAUCAACAAUAAAUGAACACUUAUUCAAUGCCGAUAAUUUGAAACAUCCAUAUUGGUGUCUUUUUGAUGACGACACCGUCAAGGUGAACUUGCCACAUGGAAAUAUCAACCAGCCCCAGUUCCAGGAGUUGAAUUCCAGGGACGUCUAUGUAUUAUGUUAUGAGCGUAUCUAG